CUGGGAGGAGGGAGGAGGUUGAAUUGAUUUGAAUGUCUUCGGGUCGCCCGGCUUCCGGCCUUGGAUUGGCUAUCGGCGCUGCGGGGUGGGCCGUGUUCCCCAAUUCUGCUCCGUGAUUUGCUCCCCGUCUGGCCUCCGCCUGCGGCCCGAUGACCCCCCAUAGGCGGUGGUUCCCGGGGCGGGGUGCGUCGCCCGCUGGACGCCGCCCCAUUGGCCUGGUGAUGGCCCCGCCCUGACCAGGACCCGAGCCAGGCAACUUCCGGCCGCGGAGCAAUGGCGGCGCCCCGGUGCCGGAGGCAAGGCUUGUCAGCUGUGUUCCUGGCUCCACUGAGGACGAAGCAUAUGCCUCCCACCCCGGCCCCAGGGAUCCGCGGGACAGGCCAGCGGCCGAGGAACGGGGGAAACGUGAGUGACCCAGGAGCUGUCGGUGCCCGGGAUGGCUCGGAAAUCCUGAAGGAGCUAGAUGAGUAUUACGAGAAGUUUAAGCGGGAGACGGACAGCAACCAGAAGAGGAGAGCGUUGCACUGCAUUCAGAGAGCCCUGAUCCGCAGCCAGGAGCUGGGCGACGAGAAGAUCCAGAUUGUGAGUCAGAUGGUGGAGCUGGUGGAGAACAGGACCAGGCAGGUGGACAGUCACGUGGAACUCUUUGAGGCACACCAAGAGGUCAAUGACACCACUGGCCACAGUGGCAAAGCCGGCCAGGAUAAGUCCAAGAACGAGACAAUCACACAGGCAGAAAAGCCCAAUAACAAGAGGUCUCGGAGACAGCGCAACAACGAAAAUCGGGAGAAUGCAGCCAAUAAUCACGAUCAUGAUGACAUCACCUCAGGAACGCCUAAGGAGAAGAAAGCAAAGGCCUCCAAGAAGAAGAAACGCUCCAAGGCCAAAGCAGAGAGGGAAGCAUCCCCUGCAGACCUUCCCAUCGACCCGAACGAGCCCACGUACUGUCUGUGCAAUCAGGUCUCCUAUGGAGAAAUGAUCGGCUGUGACAAUGACGAGUGCCCCAUUGAGUGGUUCCACUUCUCCUGUGUAGGACUGAAUCAUAAACCAAAGGGCAAGUGGUAUUGUCCCAAGUGUCGAGGGGAGAACGAGAAAACAAUACAAAAAGCCCUGGAGAAAUCCAAAAAGGAGAGGGCUUAUAACAGGUAGUUGGUGGACCUUGCUGAACAGGGAGGAGAACUAAGCCAGUGUAUUUAUUACAUUGCCACCUUUGGUGAGGCGCAAAGACUGUACAAUGUAUAUUUUUAAAGAAUGUUAGAAAAGGAGCCAUUCCUUUUGUAGGGAUGGCAGUGAUUCUCUGCCUUUUGUUUUCGUUGGUACACGUGUAACGAAAGUGAUCUGUGGAUCAACAUUUUAGAAACUUACAAAUAUAGGUUUGAAUUAAACACUCAAGUGAGUCUCA